AUGAAUUAUAUUUUAAUUUUUUUGCUGAUAGGCUAUGCCUCUUGUUAAUGUUAAGAAGGAUAUAUAUGGACAAAUACAGGAUGUAGAUGUAAUAUAGUAUUUUAAAUUAAGUAUGUCAAAACUUUUGUAGUUCAUGUACAAAUGGCUUAUGUGACUAAUGUCCUCCUUCUUAUUAUGGUGAUUCAACUCAUUGUUAUAGUAAUCAUUAAAAUAAACUAGGUUGUUAUAUUGGAUGCACUUAAUGUACAGAUUAUUAAGUUUGUACAUCAUGUCAAUCCCCAUACUACUUCCUUGUUCAGAAUUUAUGUUAACGAUGUACUUCUCCAUGUGAAACAUGUGAUGACUAAGGUGCUUGUUUAACUUGUAUAUCUGGAUACAUGGUAGUGGGCAAUGAUUGUUAAAAAUGUUAAAGUCCAUGUUCAUAAUGUUCUGGAGAAUUAUAUAAAUGCACUUCAUGUAAACAAAGUCCUCCUUAACAUUACUAUCUCAGUGGUCAAAAUUGUAUAUUAUGUGAAUUUCCAUGUGUGAGUUGUAUCUCCAAAAAUAUAUGUACUUCUUGUAAUUAAGGAUACUAUUUGAAUAUAAGUCAAUACUGUAUUAAAUGUACUGAGCCUUGUUUGGAUUGCAAUGGUCCAACAAAUUGUUUAAGCUGCAUUAACUAAGAAUAUUAUAUCGACCUUGGCGAUAAUUAAUGUUAAAUUUGUAGUAAUUUCGAUUCCAAUUGUUUAACAUGUUAAGCUUACAACUAAUGUAGUUCAUGUAAACCAGGAUACUAUGUUUAAGACGAUUUUAUAGGUUCAUAAUUUAUUUCUACUUGUAACAAAUGUUCUUCUUAAUGUCUCACUUGUUCUAAUGAUUCAAAUGAAUGUGUAAGUUGUAAUAAUAUUUAUUAACCUCCAACUUGUAAAUAAAUUUGCAAUUCAUCACAAUUUUAAGAUGGUUUAUUAUGUUACUCAUGUGCAAGUUAAUGUUAAACCUGUAGUUUAAAAUCUAUUUAAUGUUUAAGUUGUUCUAUUAAUAGAAUAAGUCCUCCAUUAUGUCCAUGUAAGGAAACCUAUUUUGAUUUAAAUGGAGACUGUACACCUUGUAUUUCAAAUUGCAAAUAUUGUUUUAAUGCAAUCUCUUGUAUAAAAUGUUAAGAUGGAUUAUAUUUAUAAGAAGGUAUUUGUGUUUAAUAAUGUGAUUAACUUUAUUAUAUAAAUAGAGAUUCUAAUUGCAUAUAUUGUAAUAUAAAUAAUUGUAUUGAAUGUAAUAUUAAUGGAAUUUGUGAUUAAUGUUAACAAAAUUAUCUUUUAUAUAAAAAUUAAUGUUAUUCUUAAUAGUGUAAUUAAGGAUAAUAUACUAUUGACAAUGAAAAUUGUUUAAAUUGUGAUAUUAAUUGUUAUAAUUGUUUAAAUUAGGCAGAUAAUUGUGUUGAAUGUUAUAAUGAUUAAUAUCUUUUAGAGAUUGACUAAAUAAAUAAUUGUGUUGUGGAAUGUCCAUUAAAUUAUUAUAUACAUAAUAAUUAAUGCUUAAAAUGUAACUCUAAUUGUUAAUAAUGUUCAUAAGAAAAUGUAUGUACAUCUUGUAUAGUUGGAUAAUACUUACUAAAUAAUAUUUGUUAUUAGAAUUGUCCCAUUUAUUAUUAUGGAAUAGAUCAAUAAUGUUUAUAAUGUCCAAAUAAUUGUGAAACAUGUUAUGAUAAAUAUUGCUAUAAUUGUUAAAAUGGAUAUUUAUUCUAUUAAAAUUCUUGUUUAGAAUAUUGUCCAGAAGGUUAUUAUGGAGAUAGUAAUUAAAAAUGCUAGAGUUGUUAAAAUAUAUGUAAAGCAUGUGUAAAUGAUUAUGAAUGUAUUUCUUGUAGUGCACCUUUAUACUUUGAAAAUAAUACUUGUAUAGGAAAUUGUCCAAUUAGUUAUUAUAGAGAUCUUGUAGAUAACAGAUGUAAAUAAUGUAUAGAUGGAUGUGAAAUAUGUGAGAAUGAAACAUUUUGUUAUAAAUGUUUACCAAAUUAUGCUUCAUUUAAAAAAAGAUGUGUAAUUGAAUGUGAUAUUGGAUAUUAUGUAGAAGAUUAAUAUUGUAGAUAAUGUGAUUUUGAUUGUUACACUUGUUAUGGACCAACAAAGUUUGAUUGUAUUGUUUGUAAAUAUGGAUUGAAAUUGUAUAAAUCAAUGUGUAUAGAAGAUUGUCCUAAAAAUACAAUAUUAAAAAAUGGAUAAUGUAUAGAAUGUCAUGAAACAUGUGAUACUUGUUUUGAUAGAGGCAACUAAAAUUGUUUAACAUGUAAAUUAGACUAUAUUUUACUUAAUAAUGGUUGUUAUGCAUAUUGUCCAUCAUAAUAUUAUAAAAAUAAGGGAUAAUGUUUGAAAUGUUAAGAUAAUUGUGAUAUAUGUAUUAACAAUUUAUCAUGUAUUCGUUGUUUAAAUAAUUAUUAUUACAAUAGAGGUAAUUGUUUAUCUGUAUGUCCUAAUGGUUAUUAUGGAUAUGAUGGUGUUUGUGAGAAAUGUCAUUUUUCAUGUGCAACAUGUAAUGGAGCAUUACAAACUAAUUGUGUUACAUGUACUUAACCUUUAGUUUAGUAAAAUAAUGAAUGUUUACCAGGAUGUUUAAAUAGAUAUUAUAAGAAUUUAUCAAAUAUAUGUUAAUCAUGUAAAGAGACAUGUGCAAUUUGUACAAAUAAUGAUAAUUGUUCAGAAUGCAUUUAUAAUUACUAUUUACAUCCCUUAACAAAAGAUUGUGUUUUAAUAUGUGAUAAUGGUUAUAUGCAUAAUUAUAUUCAAAGAAAAUGUUAAAUAUGUGCUACAGGUUGUUAAUCAUGUUUUGGAUAAUCAAUUAAUCAAUGUUUAUCAUGUUUUCCUAAUUAUUUCUAUUAUAAAAAUUAAUGUUGGUAUUCUUAAUGUCCAAUAUCAACCUAUGAUGAAUAAGGAAUUUGUAUAUAAUGUGAUUAAUAUUGUAUGACUUGUGAUACAUAAUAAUCAUGUCUUAGUUGUUUAAAUGGUUAUUUUUAUUAUAAUUAGAAAUGCUAUUAAACAUGUCCAGAUGGAUAUUUUGGAGAUUCUAUUAAUAAAUAAUGUAGUUAAUGCAAAUAAAAUUGUAGAAUUUGUUAAGAUGCUGAUAAUUGUUCUUAUUGUUAUAAUCAUUAUACUAAUAAUGGAUAAUAGGAUUAUUUUUUGUUAGAUAAUUAAUGUGUUGCUAUUUGUCCUAUUAAUUAUAAUUACUUUUUAUUUGAAUGUACAUAAAAUAUUACUCCAAUAUAAAUAAUAUAAAAUGUAGCUGAAUAUUGUUAUGAUGAUCCAAACACUUAUUUGGAUAUCAAUUAAAAUUUAUGUAUAAAAUGUGAAUAAUCAUGUUAAACUUGUUUUGGUCCUUAUAGAACUUAAUGUAGAGAUUGCGUUAAUUUAAUUGCAAAUCGUAUGUGUGUAGAUUAAUGUGGACAAUAAACUUAUUAAAGUGGCAACGAGUGUAUACCUUGUCAUCUUAGUUGUAAAUAUUGUGUAUCCAAUAAUCGAAUUGAUAAUUGUACUCAUUGUCAUCUUGGAGCAUAUCUUUAAUUAUAAGAAAAUUAAUUAUAUGGUAGAUGUGUAAAUAUUUGUGAUGUUGGCUAUUAUUAAGAUUAUGAUAAUAAAAUCAAUGGUUAAAUAAUUUGUAAAUAAUGUUCAUCAAAUUGUUUAACAUGUAUAUAUUUUCUUUAAUGCACAUCUUGUGUUGAACCAAAAGUAUUAAGAAAUGGAAAUUGUGUAAAUAGUUGCAAUUCAAAUGAAUUCGUAUCUAAAAUAGAUAAUAAAUGCUAUUAAUGUAAAGCAGGAUGUUCAACUUGUAUAGAUUCUUUAUCUUGUACAUUACCAUUUAUUGGUUAUUCAUAAACAUUAUAUUUAUAAAAUAAUUAAGUUUAUGCUAGUUGUGGAGAAGGAUAUUAUACUUCAGGAUUAUUAUGUUUAGAAUGUUUAGAUGGUUGUAGAAUUUGUAGUGAUAGUAAUUCAUGUUCUAAGUGCAAUAGUUCAUUCAUUUUAUUUAAUUCUAAUUGUAUUCCUUAAUGUACUGGAAAAAGCUACUUUGAUAAUGGUUAAUGUUCACCAUGUCAUAUUAAUUGUUCAUUUUGUUAUAAUGGUGAUGAAAAUUCUUGUAUUUCAUGUGAAACUGGAUUAAAAUAUAUUGUAAUUUAUGAUAAUGUAGAUAGCACUUAUAAAAGUUAUUGUUAAGAUACUUGUCCUUAAAAUUAUACUUAUGAUAUUUAAUAAAGGAUAUGUCUAUCUAAUUCUUGUCAUAAUUCAUGUCUAACAUGUGUUGGAGAUUAAUAUAAUUAAUGUGUUACAUGUUCUAAUAAUUAGAUAUUAAGUCUUAUGACAUCUAAAUAUGGAAUAUGUUAAAGUACAUGUUCUGUUGGAAUGUAUAAUGAUAAUGGAAUCUGUUUAAAUUGCAAUGACUUUUGUUAAGAAUGUACAAGUUAUUCUUCUUGCACUAUUUGUAAAUCAAAUUUUUAUCAUUUAAAUUAAUAAUUAUGUGUUAUUUAAUGUCCUUUAGGAUAUUAUUAAAAUAUAGAUACUUAUAAAUGUGAUUAAUGUGAUUCUAAUUGCUAUGAAUGCAUCUAUCCUAAUAUAUGUAUUAACUAUAUUUAAAAUUGUGCAACCAAUUAAUUCCUUUAUUAAAAUACUUGUAUAAAUUGUCAUUGGACAUGUUUAACUUGUGAUGGACCUACUGAAUAUGAUUGUACAAGUUGUGGAUAUAUAAAUCCAGAAUAUAGAUAUAGUUACUAUAAAUAAUGUUUACUAUCAUGUCCGAAGAGUGAUGAUGCUUAUAAAUGUUAAUUAUGUCCUGAAAAUUGUGAAAUGUGUAAUUCAAAUUAGGAAUGUAUUUCAUGUUUUAUUGGAUAUUACUUAUUAUUUAAUACUUGUGUUACAAGUUGCGAACAACGUUAUUAUGCUAAUUAAUAAUAUUAAAUAUGUGAACCAUGUUUUACUGGUUGUUUAGAAUGUGUUGGACCUAGUCAUUAAUAAUGUGUACUUUGUGAACCUAAUUAUUUACUUUCAGAUAAUUAAUGUUUACCAUAUUGUCCAUAUAAAUAUUAUUAUAAUUUCCUUUCAACAAAAUGUGAAUACUGUGAUGAUUUUAUUUAUAAAAACUCAUGUGUAAUUGAAUGUCCAUUACAAUACAAUCCUAUUAAUAAUGUAUGUGUAUAAUGUACAAAUGAUUGUACUAGUUGUUAAAAUGGUUUGUAUAUGUAUUAAAAUACUUGUAUAUCAAAUUGUAUCAUUGGCACAUAUAAUGUGAAUGGUGUUUGCAAUUUAUGUGAUAUUUAAUGUUAUUCAUGUUAAUCUUAAUCAGAUAAUUGUUAAUAGUGUUCUAGUGUGACUCGUUAUAAUGCACCUUUUUGUGAAUGUUAAAUAGGAUAUCAAUAAGACUCACCUAAUAAGGAUUGUAUCAAAUGUGCUAAUUAAUGUCACUCUUGUAUAAAUACUUUUAACAAUUGUAUACAAUGUAAAUCAGACAGAAUAUCUAAUCCACCAGCAUGUACCUGUCCAUAUGGUAAAUAUGAUAAUGGUGUAAAUUGUGUUCCUUGUAGACAUGAAUGUGAUGAUUGUUUAUCAAAUACAUUAUGUUUAUACUGUAAAGGAGAUAGAGUUGGUAAUAAUUGUUUAUGUAGAUUGGGAUAUUAUGAUGAUAAUUCUAGUUUAUAUUGUUAGAAAUGUGAUCAUUCAUGUACUACAUGUACAAAAUAUGGUUGUUUAGAAUGUUUAGGAAAUAGAAUAUUAAAUAAUAAUAAUUAAUGUUUAUGUUAAUAAGGCUUUUAUGAAGAUGGAGAAUCAAUUAAUUGUCUUAAAUGUCAUUUUAAAUGUUAAACUUGUGAUAUCAAUUAAUAUAAUUGUCUAAUUUGUAAAGGUGAUAGAAAAUAAACUCCAUAUUGUUAAUGUUUAGAUGGCUAUUAUGAUGAUGAGGUUAAUAUUGAUUGUUAAUCUUGUCCUAAAGAAUGUUACACAUGCAAUAAGGCAAGUUGUUUAAAUUGUAAGGCAAAUAGAUUUGGCUCUAUUUGUGAUUGUCCUCCAGGAGGUAUUGAUAGAUAAGAUGUUGGAUAUAUGCAUUGUGAAACAUGUGAAUUAGGAUUACCAAUAAUUUAAAUGUAACCUGAUUUAACUACCUUAAUUAUUAAAUUUGGAAAAUAAGUCACUUUCAAUUUUGAUCUAGGAUGCUCUUAAAUUAUAGAUGUAUCUCUUCUUGGUGUCAAUCCUAAAUGUAGUUUAAAUCAAUUAUCAUAAAUCGUUAUUCAAUUAGGUAUAAAUAAUUCUAUUGAAAUUGGAAACCUUAUCCAAUUAUUUACUAAUAUUAAAGGAAUUGAUUGUGAUCUUCCAUAUACAUCAAUAUUCUCAACAAAUAUCUUACCUCCUUACAUAAUCAAUGAUAGUGAUGUUAUGAUAUUUGGACCUACACAAGUUUCUACUUGUGAAGUUACUGAAUUCAAAGUUUCUUAAUACUUUUUUGAUGGCCAUAAUGGUUUUAAAAUGGUAUCAUGGAAUUUGGAAUCAUUUUCACCUUAUAAUUAACUUACUGAAUAAUAAAUCUUUGGUAUAUUAUAUGAAGUCAAUCUCUACAAAUCUACUGUAGUUACUAUCCCUCCAAAUAUUUUACAAUAAAACACAAUCUAUAAAUUUAAAUAUUAGUUUAUUAAUUAUUUAGGCUAGAAUCAAAUCAAAUAUUAUCAAGUUUAAUGUUUACCUCUUAAUUUACCAAUUAUUUCAAUUUAAUAUGAAAAUCAAUAACCAUAAGUUUACUAUAUCAAUAAUAGAAUUAUCAUAAAAGCAACAAUUCAAUAACAAUCAAGUUGUGAUUCACCAAUUCUUAAUAAUGUAAAUGCAUUUUACAAAAUAUAAGCCUAUUAUUAAAACAAUUUAAUUAUUUUAGAUAAACAAUUUAAUUUCAAACAUUCUUCUUAAAAAUAUGUAGAAAUAUUUAUUGAACCCUACACAUUCACUUAAUCAGGAUAUUAUUAAGUUUUCUUAAUGGCUACAUUUGAUUAAUUAAAUAUAAAGUCGAAAUCUAUGACUUUCAAAAUGCUUAUGCCUGGAAUUUAUGCUAAAAUUUAUGGAGGAAAUUAAAUACAUAGUUUUGGUCAGUCUUUUAAUAUCACUGCUAUUGUAAAAGAUUUAAAUGUUAAAGAAUUAUAAACUAAAGAUAUUGAAUACUCAUGGACAUGCAUUAAUGUAGCAUUACAAAGACCUUGUGAAACUGUUGAUAAAUAACCAUUUACUAUAAAAAAUCAAUAAAUUGUUAAAAUCCCUAGUAGAACACUUGCUCCCUUUAAUUCUUAUUAAUUUGUAAUGAAAGCACAAAAAAAGAAUCUCAUUUAAGUUACUUCUAGUAUAAUGACAAUAGUAGAUGUUGAAAUAUCAACUUUCUCUAUGGAUACUCCAAAUAUUGCAUUAAAUAUUCCAAUACUUUUUAAUCAAGAAUUGUUAUUUGAAGUGUCUUCUUUGUAACUUACUAAUCUACAUGGCUGCAUUAUUUAUGAUUUUUAACAACUAUCAGCUUUUUCAAUUCCAUAUAAUACUUUUGCAAUUACCCUUUAAAAUCUUUUAAAAUAAAGAUAUGAUCAAAUUAAACUAUAAAUUUUUAGUACUGAUUCAAUAUAUUUUAAUCCACUAUUAACUAGUGUUGAAAUUACUACUAUUUAACCACCUUUAAAUUGUAAAUUAAAUGUAUCACCUAAAAAAGGAUUAUCUUUUGAUACAAUUUUCAAAUUAGAAAUUUAAAGUUGUGUUGAUUAAUAAAAUCCAAUCUAUUAUAAGUUUUUAUUUUAUUAUAAUUAAACCCAAUAUUUAUAAGAUAUUCUAAUGAAUUCUUAAAUGAAUGCAGAUCUUAUUAUUGAUUAUUAAGAAUUCAACAUUUAUUCCACUAUACUGCCUAAAUCAACUAAUUCACAUUCAAUAAUUAUAGCAAUCAUCAAAAAUUAAUUAGGAGCUUAAACUAAUUUGACAUCUACAGUUAUAAUAGGAGAUGAUUUGGCUGAAAUUAAUGAUAAAGUAAUACAAUUUGAAUCUGAAAUCAAUUCAAAUUAAGCAAAAGUAUUAUAAUAAAAUAAAAGAAUUCUUAAUGAUGAUAUUCUAAAUACUUUUACUACUUUAUACAAUUAAUCAAAAUAUUUAAAUGAAAUUUAACGUUUAUCCUUGUUGAAUAUACUAACAAUAGGAGUUGAACAAUAUACAACAUAAUCUAAUCAUCUUGAUGAUAUAAGAUCUAUUUUAUACUUUGAUUUGUAAUCUAAAUUAGAUUUACCACUUAUAAGUGAAACUACUAAAAUGUAAAUAAAAAAAUCAAUUAAUAGAAUAAUAAUAAAUAAUACUGUUUAUUUAUAAGAUUUUAGUUAAAUUUAAGUUUAUUUAACAAAUCUAAAUUAAAGUUUAUCUAAAAGUAUAAAUGAUGUUUUAUUUAUAAUUAAUUCUAUUUCUCAGAAUCAAGUUGGAUAUAGAGACUAUUAAUAAAAGGAACUUGAAAAAAUCAAUAUGAUUCAUCAAUUGUCUACAUUGGAUUAUUUACUCAAAUCAUAAUCUAAUUUUUACUAUGAUUAUUUUCAUGGAAAUAUUUCAUUAUUGAAUGAAACAAUGUAUAAAAGUAUUUCUAGUAAUUUUGAAUCAAUUUUAAAUUUAUUAUAAAUGCUAAAAUAUGGAUUAUUAUUGGUCUAAUAGGUUAAUGAUGAUCCUAUUACAUUUUCUGGAUCUUCUUUUACUUUAAUCUUUAAUAGAUUAACAACAGAAAAGAUGAAUGAAUAUUUAAGUGAAAUAGAAUUUGUAAAACUUGUUGAUAAACCAAUCGAUAAUAAUACUCAUUUUUCCUAAAGUUUAUUGUUAAAUUUCAGUUAUAUUCAUUACUUAGAGAAUCCAUUUGUCUUAGAUUCUUCAUAUCCUAAUAAUACUCAUUUUACAACUAUUUAAUCUAUAGAACCUACAUUACAAAAUGGAAGUUUAUUGAUUCCAACUUAACCAAUUACUACUAAAUAUAAUGUCACUAUACUUAGAUAGAAAAGACUACUUCAAUCAUAUUAAGAUAUAUAUCUUAUGGAUGAAUAACCAAAUUAUGUAGAUUUUGUAUGUACAAAUAAGUAUUUCACUUAAUGGGAAUCUAACUUUUGCAAAACAUCAAUAGAAAUAGACACAUAAUCUUCAUUAAUAAUAGCUUGUGAUUGCUAAUAUUUUGGUCCUACUACUAUCAGCAGUACUUUAGCUGAUAUAUUUGAAAUUGAUAAAUUUUCUAAAUCUUUUUCUUUAGAAGCUAUUGAAGCACUAAAUAAAUUUCCAUUUCAUCGUUCAGUAAUAUUCUAUUGUUUAGUAAUAUUUACUAUUUUAUUGAUAUUGUUUUUGCCUUAUGGAAUAAAAAGGGAUUAAAUAGAUAAGGAAAGAGCUAUGCCAUAACAUAUGAUUGAAUCUGAAUAUAUACGCAAGUUAUUUGAAGACAGGUAGAAGGAAUUGUAAAAGGAGAUGGAAAAAAUUAAAGAAGAAAGAAAUAAGGAAUGGAAAGAAUUUUAUGAAAAAUAAAAUUUAAUUGAAAUUGUAACUGAUGAUAAAGAAUAAAAAUAAUAAUCUUUAGAUAAGGAUGAAUAAAUAUAGGAAGUUUUUAUUUCUCCAGAUAUAGACCCAGAUGAAAUGAUAGAUUAAUAAUAAUAAGAUUAAAGUGAUAAUAGUAAUAAUUUCAAUUUAGAUAUGAGUCAUGAUAGUGAUGAAGAGUUUUAAUUUGAAGAAUAUCCUCCAAUCAAUAUUUCCAAAAAAAAAAAUAAAAUGUAAGCUCCUUCACCUUAUGCUAAAUUCUUUUAACUAAAAAAUCCAUAUUCAUUAAAUAAUACAAUUGUAAAUAGAUUAUAUUUACAUAGUUCAUCAUAUGAAGAGAGUCUGUAAAAUUAACAAUAACAUUAAAAUUAAAAAAAUCUUAUUCAUGAAAGACAUAGUUCAAGAAUUUAAUCAGAUUAAUUUUCAGUUAGAAAUUCUGAAAAUAUCUAAUAAAUAAUACUAAAAAAGAUUUCUUCUAAUUAAUCUAAAAAUUAUAAUAAUUCUCUUAAUAGCUAAGCCAAAUUAAAUGAUUAUCCUCCUUUAUCUCCAAAUUCAUCUAGUCCUAUUGGAGCAAUUUAUGAUUCUAAAUAAAUUAUAUAACCAAAUUAAUUAGGUUAAUCUGGAUCAUAAUAUGAAUCUCAUGUUAAUAGCAAUAGUACUAAAGUUGCUAAAACUUAGAUACCUUUUAGAAAAUCUUAAGAACAUAUAUUAUUUUUAGACCAUGAAUUUUAUGAGGAGGAUAAUCUAUCAAUUGAAGAAAAAGAAAAAAUCAUUUAAAUUUGGUAUUUAGAAAAAAAAAGAAAUAAAUUAUUAGAAGAAGGAUUUAAAUUAAGAUUUACAUUAAAAAAUCUAUUUUUGUUCAUAAGUUUGUUUCAAUCUGUUUUAAGUAUUAUUGCAAUUUUUGAUAAAAAAUUACCUAGACCUAUUAGAUGUUGUUUAAUUUACAUGACCCUCUUAACUACAUGCUAUAUAAAUAUAUUCUUUUAAGUAGAAUUAAAUCCUGCAGCAACAAUUGCUUAUAGCAUUCUUUCAUCUAUUUUAUCAAUGAUAGAAUUGAUUAUCCUCACAGUUUUAAUGCCUCAUUAAUAUAUAUUAAUAAGAAUUAUUGGUUGGCUUAGCUUCUUAGUAUUAACAGGAUUGUUUAGCUAUUUAAUAAUUGCAUCUAUGGCAUUUGAAGCUUAAGAUUCUGGUGGUGAUGUAUCAAGAUCUAAUUAAUGGGGAAUCAAUUUUAUUAUUAGCUUCAUUACAAUGAAUUUUUUUACAGACCCUUUAUAAUUGAUGGUAUGUUUCAAAAUUAUUUAAUGGAGUUUCAAUAAUGCUUCACCUCAUUUACAAUAAAUAUUUAUUUUGUUAUGUAUGAAUAAGCAUUUUAAUAUUUACUUUGAUUUCAUCGAUUAUUGA